AUGACACACAAGAUGCUGGAAACCUCCCGCACUAUGAAACAUACUUCCCUCGCCGAAUCCUACGCGCACGCCCAUCCUCCGACAGAUAAGCGUACUAUUGGUUUUGAUCCAGCAUUGCAGUACGUCUCUACAACGGGGCAACACGCUUUUGUUUCUCCUGGCCCCGGCGAUUUUCGUGGUCCGUGUCCUGGUUUGAACGCCAUGGCUAAUCAGUUAAGACUACGCGUUGUUCCUCUACUAAUUGCUACUAAUCGUUUCAUGCUCGGUAGUGGAUACAUUCCUCACAACGGAAUCGCGACUAUCGAUCAAUUGGUCAAUGGCUCAUACACCGUUUUUGGUAUGGGCCGCGAGCUCGCCUUGUCUCUCGCUGUUUAUGGUACUGUGAUGGACGGUGACAUUACCUUACUUUCUGUCUCAAUCGGAGAAGGAAACAAUUCCUUCCUUACUCAGAACGGACUGACCGGCUCGCACAACAAUUUUGAGUCAGACGCCUCACCAAUUAAAGGAGAUCUCUUCCAAUAUGGUAAUAACCACGACGUCCAAAUGACCCAAUUCUUUCAACUCUACAACCUCCAAUCUAACGCCUCAGACCCAUCUCAAGUCAAUUACGAUAUUGAUGUUCUUACGACCUUCCGCCUAGCCCGAUUCCAACAAUCCAUCGACAAUAACCCUUACUUUUUCAACGGUCCUAUCACUGGUAUACUCUUCCAGCCCGCUGCCUACCAUUUCAUCUAUCGCUUGAUGGCAAACAAGAGCGAGGAGUACCCCGAAGGAAGGUUAGAUCGAGAGGUACUCAAGUCGUUUUAUGGGAUCACGGGCUCGGAGGAGGAUGACUUUGUUUACACUUCCGGGUACGAACGCAUCCCGGACAACUGGUACAAGCGCGCCAUAGGAGAUGAAUACGGAAUAGUCUCACACUUCGAUGAGUUAUCCGGUAUCGCCCUUGCUCAUCCGAAAUUUCUCUCUAUUGGAGGCAAUACAGGCCAGGUCGAUUCCUUUACUGGUGUAGACUUGACGGAUCUUACUGGAGGAGUGUAUCAUGCGAGCACGCUACUGGAAGGAAAUAACUUGAAAUGUUUUACGCUUCAGGCUAUGAUGAUGCAUUUUCCGAUUGGUGCUACAGGGCCGCUGGAAGGUGUGUUGGACGAACUGGCUGAUAUGGCGGAUCCAUUGUUGCGUGCAUGGGACUGCCCUGAACUGGAGAAGAUAGACGAGAGUUUGCUGGAGAAGUUUCCAGGGUAUUCGAGAUACCCAGGGAUGGAGAUACGUGACUGA